AUGUUUCACAAAGGCUCUUGGAGUAAGAUGAUUUCAGUGGCAAUCCUGUGCCUGGUGGCGAUUGCCAAUGCCAAAUAUGUCAGCUACCCACGGCCGUCGAUUUACACCAAAUCUGCGCAUUUCUCCCUCAAGGUCAACGGAACAUACGUGAACACAACCAACUAUGCUGGCUACGACUAUGUCCACAUCUCUAUGGAUCAGGGUUACAAGACUGAAUUUCGCAUCGCCAUCACCGAUCAACCUGCAAUCACGUCAUACACCAUCUCUCCACAGCGGCUACCAAUCCAAGCCCGGGUGGAGGGCAAGGAGCUCAUCUUCUCCCUCGUCAAGGCGCACUACUUGAUUGUCAGGCUCAAUGACUCCCAGAAUACCAAGGCCUUCGUGGUUAUGAUCGAUCCCAUUGAGGAGAACGUGCCACAGCAGCGAGGAAAUGGCAUAUUCAACGUACUCGACUACAAGGCCGACAACACUGGAGCUACACUCAACAAAGGAAUUCAAUCGGCCUUGGACGCGGCUGGCGCUCGCCCUGACAGCAUCGUAUAUGUGCCUCCGGGUCUCUACCUGACAGGCAACCUGGUGCUGCCCAGUAACACAUCACUCUACCUCGCAGGCGGCGCGGUGCUUCGCUUCACAGGUGUCAUGGCCGACUACAAGAUGAUGUACGAGAAGUCGGACCUGUUCCCUGGCACCUGGUGGAUUACGACCGAGACCGGUUCAAGCAACGUCAAGGUGUACGGGCGCGGCACAAUCGACGGCAACGGCAAAACAACGCGCGACAACAAGUUCAUGGCCAGCAUGCUCGUGCCAUCGGGAACCACCAACUUCCGCGUCGACGGCAUCCUGGUUCGCGACAGCUCCUUUUGGGGCGUCAUGGCCGUUCAGUCCGAGGGCGUCUAUAUGGUGAACCUCAAGGUGCUCAACCGCUUCAGCAUCACGCAGAACGACGGCGUCGACAUUUGCGAGUCGACGCGCGUCACCGUCCGUCGGUCCAUCGCAAUCGCCAAGGACGACAGCUUCUCGACAAAGACGUGGCCCGAGGACGUCGGCACCACGGUCCCCUAUCCCUACGCUCCGCGGCCGCUCUCCGACGUUGUAUUUGAGGACUGCCUGGCCUGGACCGAGUGCUUUGGGUACAAGGUCGGCGAGGGCGUGUGGCAGCGUCAGAGCAACGUGACAUUUCGCGACAGCGUCGUGCACCGAGCAGGCGUCGGGCUCGGCGUGCACCACAAGUUCGGAACUGCUGCGGCCGAUUCGGUGACAUUUGACAACAUCGACAUUGAGAACCUGGGCGGUUCCCCUGGCGGUUUCGCGUCGUGGCUGAUCGCAUACGUCAACAAUGUCAACUCGGGGGUUGGUCCGAUCACGAGGCUGGUCGUCAGCAAUAUUCGCGCGCGCAAGCAGGGAGGAAGGGAUGGUUAUCUCCAAGGAAAUGGAACUUCUUCCAUGGUCAGCGACGUCACAUUCCGCAACGUUUACAUGGGCGAAAGCAAGACACCUGCCAAGUCGCUCAAGGAGAUGAACAUUGUGCGGACAGCAUACUCGGAGAAUGUCAAGAUUUCCAAUUCCUAA